GAUUGAUUUGCUUUUUUGUCAGUUAUUCUUUAUUUUUCUCCUAAUUUUACAGAUUUGGAGGAUUUAUUGUAUAUAUACACAUUCUUUAAAUUUACUUGAGCUUUUCAGUAGUGAAAGUUUGCACAUGCAGGACAAAGCAAGGCAUAGUAGUGUCUUGAACUUAGAAAACUGGAUAGACUUUCUUUUCUUUUUUUCCUUUUCUCAUUUUGGUUGACGGAAGGGAUUUUGGUUGGGACGUGAGUGGUUUUGGGAAGUUAAUACUGUGGUCUAACGUCUACGAGGCUUCUUGCUGAGGUGGGAGAUUUCACGUAGGAUCAUACUCAUCCAAUUACAAUGUAACUCAAAAUGACAUGCCAUGUCUUCACAAUUCACUGAGGAGAAAGGGUUCGCCAUUGCGGUCGGUUGAUACAUAUGCUGCUCAAUGUAUAAAAUGCUUGAAAUGGAGGGUGAUCACUACAGAGGAGGAGUACGAAGACAUUAGAAAUAAAGUCUCUGUAGAACCAUUUGUCUGUGCUAGAAAAUCUGGUGCGUCCUGUGAGGACCCUGCUGACAUAGAAAAUGACGGUUCCCAAACAUGGGCCAUUGACAAGCCUGGCAUUCCGAGGACUCCUGAGGGCUUCAAGAGAAUCUUGGUGCUCAGAAGUGAUUACUCUAAAAUGGAUGCUUACUAUGUUACUCCAACGAAGAAGCGACUGAAAUGCCAUAGUGAAGUAGCAGCUUUUCUUGAAGCAAAUCCAGGUUACCAAGGUGUGUCUCUUAGCAAUUUCAAUUUUUCAACCCCUAAGGUUGUGGAAGACACUAUUCCUGACUAUAUUGUGAGAAAGGGUUCUGCUGAUGGAAACUCUAAUGCAAGAGUUGAAGAACCAGAGGAUGCAGCAGAAUCCGGCAGCUGUGGCAACCAAGAGUCCGGAGUAACCCAGUGACUGUAAGCUUUGUACUUUGGACUUUGGAGAGUAAUUAGCUCAGGGUUUUGCUAAGCGGAUUGUUGCUUUCUGUAUUGACGUUUUCAUGUUUAAUAAGAAUAAAUUAGUUAUUCAUGAAAA